GACGCCUCCGCCCCUCCCCUCUCCCCGGCACUGCCUCCGGCCCCCUCUUGCAACUCUGCUUAAUUUUACUUGGCUUUUUGAUGAUUGGGAUUAUUCUUUUUUAUUUUUGAUUUCAUGUAAAGUACAUGUGUGUGUGUGGAGCUGAGACAGGCUCGGCAGCGGCACAGAAUGAGGGAAGACGAGAAAGACAGAGAGUGGGAGAGAGAGAGAGGCAGAGAGAGAGGGAGAGAGGGAGAGUGACAGCAGCGCCCGGACGUCCUCCCCAACGUCGCCCUCAAUUCCACCGCCUAUGAUCCAGUGAGGCAUUUCUCGACCUAUGGAGCGGCCGUUGCCCAGAACCGGAUCUACUCGACUCCCUUUUAUUCGCCACAGGAGAAUGUCGUGUUCAGUUCCAGCCGGGGGCCGUAUGACUAUGGAUCUAAUUCCUUUUACCAGGAGAAAGACAUGCUCUCAAACUGCAGACAAAACACCUUAGGACAUAACACACAGACCUCAAUCGCUCAGGAUUUUAGUUCUGAGCCGGGCAGGACUGCGCCCCAGGACCAGAAAGCCAGUAUCCAGAUUUACCCCUGGAUGCAGCGAAUGAAUUCGCACAGUGGGGUCGGCUACGGAGCGGACCGGAGGCGCGGCCGCCAGAUCUACUCGAGGUACCAGACCCUGGAACUGGAGAAGGAAUUUCACUUCAACCGCUACCUAACGCGGCGCCGGCGGAUUGAGAUCGCCAACGCGCUCUGCCUGACCGAGCGACAGAUCAAAAUCUGGUUCCAGAACCGCCGGAUGAAGUGGAAAAAGGAAUCGAAUCUCACGUCCACGCUCUCGGGGGGCGGCGGAGGGGCUACCGCCGAUAGCCUGGGCGGAAAAGAGGAAAAGCGGGAAGAGACAGAAGAGGAGAAGCAGAAAGAGUGACCAGGACUGUCCCCGCCACCCCUCACCCCUCUCCCUCGCUCCCCCCGGCUCCCCCCUAAUCACACUCUCUGUAUUUAUCACUGGCACAAUUGAUGUGUUUUGACUCCCUAAAACAAAACUCGGGAGUCAAACGUGGACCUGAAAGUCGGCGCUGGACCCCUCCCUCUCCGCACAACUCCGCCACCACACGCCUCCGC